AAGUGACUUGAGAAUUCUUGAUCGUGAGCAGGUACAACGAGCAAGCAUGUUUAGACUCCGGGUCCACUCCGUCGACCAUCUCCAUCUAGCAGAGAAUGCCGGUGGGGCCACUACUAGCAAUCAAUCACCGCCACCAUUCCCCCAGAACCCUAACCCUAGAAUCCAAGUCCGGCGUGGCGUCAUCCAUCUCUACCAUCCCACCCGCUCCCCCUCCGCUUCCUCCUCGUCCUCCCUUUGCCAUCCACCCCUCGAGUCGCUCCUUCCUAGCCAGCGGAGCACGCUCCUCUUCGCCCUUGCCGUCCCUACCUGCGUCUCCAUUGACGACUUCCUACGAUUCUGCCACCCUUACAACCCCGCCUGCGAAAUUCUUAUUAUCAGGAACGAUGCGAUGGAGGAUUUGUACAGUGUGGUGGUUAGGUUUGAUGAGCAAGAGAGCGCGGAUAGGUUCUAUUGUGAUCUUAAUGGUUGGCGUCUCUCGGAUACAGAGCCAGAGGUCUGCCACAUCUUGUUUCUAGACUUCGUGGAGUUCACAGAGUACACUGAGAUUGCGAGUACUCCUCCCAUUGGGUUCACCGAGUUGCCCACUUGCCCUACUUGCCUCGAAAAAUUGGAUCAAGAUAUAAGUGGGAUUGUUGCAACUACUUUUGACCAAUUCUUUCCAAGCACUUCAAAGUGGUUUAAUUCCUCUUGUCCUGUUUGCCAAUUCCUUCAGGAGCAUGCCCAAAAGGCUACAUGCUCAACUUGUCACACAUCUGAACACCUUUGGGUCUGUCUGAUAUGUGGCUUCGUUGGAUGUGGAAGGUACAAAGAAGGUCAUGCUAGAGACCACUGGGGGGAUACUCACCAUUGCUAUGCCCUUGAUCCACAUGCACAGCGAAUUUGGGAUUAUGUUGGUGAUACCUAUGUUCACCGUCUUAAUCAGUCCAGAAGUGACGAUAAAUUUCAGUCCAACUGCAGGUUCAGUAUUGACAACUGUGCAAGUGAAUGCCGUGAUGAUUCCUGCUUCAGUAGAGUUCUAUAUGUCAGCCAAGUUGAAGCAUUAAAGGAUGAAUACAACCGUCUGCUUGCAAAUACUCUUGAUGAGCAGAAACAGCAUUACGAGGCUCUACUUUUAAAGAUUGAAGAAGACAAGGAGAAAAAUAUUUCUGAAGCAGUGGAAACUGCUUUGAGUUUGAGACUGCAGGACAUCCUACUUAAACUUGAAAAUAGCAUCGAGGAAAGGAAGAUUGCUGCAGAUACUAAUGAGGAGCUUAUGAAGAAUCAGAGUUUUUUGCGUGAGAAGAUGAAGGAAAUUGAGGAGAGGCAGAAAGCUGCAGCAAAAUUGAAGGAUGAGAAGAUACAUGAACUGGAAGAAGAGAUUAGAGAUUUCACUGUUUUCAUAGAAGCCCAAAAAGUUCUAGAUAAUGUUGGAGGCUCCAACGGUAUCAAAGGGGGGACAGUGCUACCUGUUACCGCCCCUCAACCUUCUGCUGGCCGAUCAAGACGACCUACUAAGCUGAACCGAAAGCGAACUUAGGCUUACGAACCAGGAUGCAUUCUUUCAAAGUUGCAUUUUGUGUUUGGUGGUUGUAAAUACUACCAAGAUAGCGCGGUCACAACUAGAAUAUAUAACCCUUGGAUAACAUUUGUAUCAACUCUAUUCACCAAACUAGGAGCCUUUUACUACACACUACCAGCUCCUGUUUCAAACCAGAUCCUCAUUGCAAUUUAUGCUUUUCUUUCAGAAACAUUUGUGGUCUUAGACAACAAACUAAUUACAUUAGUGAUAACAGUCUCAGGUGAUUCA